GUCACUUUGGAGGCUUUUGCUGAAUGAGCCCGUGGUUGACAUGGUUCCUCCGAUGUUCAUCACAUUUUGAAUUUGGAUUGUUGUGUUUUUUUAAGAUGAUGCUUGAGGAGCACAGGUGUUUGUUUGCCUGCAGCUAUGUUGCUGGUGUGCAGAGCUGUUAAAGGAGCAAAGCAGGUCGCUGGCUGCAGGGCGUAAGUAGCUCUCCAGGGUGCUGAAGUUGUCUCCAAACGCGCCCCGUCUCUCACCUGUCAUUUUCAGCCUGACGUCCAAACACUAUGACUCGGCUGUGUUGGCACUACAGCGGCUCCCCAGACCCUUGCCGUGCCUCAGUUAGGUUUUGAGGAUGGUUAGGUGACACGUUGGGUGAUGGAGCUGUCCAGAUGACGUGAGUCUUUCUUUUGUUUUUCUGCCGUUCAUUUCAAAGUGGUCGAUUCCUAAGGCUUGUAUGUGCUUUUUAGACGCCACCAUCGAAAUUGAAAUGAUCGUGCACCUAAGAACCUAAGGUGUCACUACCUCACAUUGCCAGCAAGGACAAUGCAACAUUUUCCUCCCAAUCUGAGAGGGCCUCUCUGGGAGUCCAUCCAUCCAUGUGUGCCCGUCAUUAAAAGCAGGCAAACUUUACUGACGCCGCCUUUUAACUUUCUAAUAUGGAUCCUCCUCGGAGUGUUGACGUUCCCCUGCUGUGUCCGCUGUUUGAUAUUCAAAGUGGGGGUCCUGGGGCCUUGGAACUGCGACCCCGUGUACUACAGGACGUUCCCUGCUGCUGCCGCCAGGCUCGCGAUAAGCAGGAUCAGCGGAGACCUGACGUUGAAUCUAGGCCUGGAAAUGGACUUCAUCAUCCUGCAGGAGCCUUGUGAAACAUCCAAAGCUCUCACGUCAUUCAUUUAUUACGAGAAUAUGGCGGAUGCGUUUGUGGGACCCACAAAUCCCGGAUACUGUACCGCAGCAGCACUUCUUGCCAAGAACUGGGACAGGGCCAUCUUCUCCCACGGAUGUGUCAACUUUGAGCUGGACCGCAUCACCGGAUACCCGACUUUUUCGAGGACAGUGCCAUUUCCCUCCGAGGUGCUGUUCACCGUGCUGAAGCACUUCCGGUGGGCUAACAUUGUGGUGGUCUCCUCCAACGAAGACAUCUGGAUGGACACAGCGGCGAGAGUGGCCGCUGCGAUGAGGAAAAACGGGCUUCCCGUCGCCCUGGUUACAUCUGUGGGAAUAAAUGACACCCAGGUUGAGAACACACUGAGGCAGAUCCAAGAUGCGGGAGAGAUAAGAGUCAUCGUCAUGUGCAUGCACUCUGUCCUGCUUGGAGGAGAGCCACAGGCUGCUUUCCUCCUCAAGGCGCAGCAAAUGGGCCUGACCUCUGGGAAGUAUGUCUUCAUGCCCUACGACACGCUGCACUACAGUUUGCCCUACAGCACCUCCUACUUCCCCCUUCAAAACAACAGCCUGCUGAGGGAGGCCUAUGAUGCCGUGCUCACCAUCACCAUUGCCUCAGACCCCAUGUCCUUCACUGAGGCUUUGACUGUUGCAGAGAAAAGUGGGGAAUUGACGCUAAGUGUUGCCUCUGAGCAGGUUAAUCCGCUAUUCGGGACCAUCUACAACAGCAUUUAUCUCCUGGCCAAGUCCAUCCACAAGACCAAGAGAGCCGGCAUGCGUCUUUCGGGCUCAAACCUGGCCUUCUAUACAAAGAACAUAACCUUCAGUGGCUUCAACCAGAAGGUACAGGUGGACAAUACGGGUGAAAUCAAAACCAGUUACGUCAUCUUGGACACCAACAACGUCGGGAGUCAGCUCUACCCGACAUACGUGGUGGAUCUUCUGUCCGGGCGGCUUCGCUUUGCCGGGAAGUCCAUCCAUUUUCCAGGAGAGUCUCCUCCACCGUCAGAUUCCAGCUGCUGGUUUGUUCAAAGUGCUCUCUGCACAGGAGGUGUGGAGCUCACCUACAUUAUUGCAGUGUUUUCCGUCAUUUUCGCUCUGGCUGUAACGGGGCUCGCCAUCGGUCUUUACAUUAGAAGGAAACUCCAACAAAUCCAGCUGGUGAAAGGUCCAAAUCGGAUCCUGCUGACCUUAGAGGAUCUUACAUUCAUCAACCCUCAGCUCAGCAAGAAGAAAAUCACUUUAGAGGACCUGAGCGAGUCUAAAAGUGCUUUGGAGGAGAAAUCCGCCGACCGCUCACACUCGGCGCACAGCACGCAGACGGCGACUCACGAGACCACCAACGUUGCCGUUUUUGAGGGUGACUGGGUGUGGCUAAAAAAGUUCGAGGAUGGCCACUUCAAGGAGGUGAAACAGAGCAGCACAAAGAUUUUCACCAAGAUGAAGGACUUGAGAAACGAGAACGUCAAUCCCUUCCUGGGCUUUUUCACGGAGAGCUCCAUGUUUGCCGUGGUGACGGAGCACUGUUCCAGGGGGAGUCUGCAGGACCUGCUGAGGAACGAAGAUGUGAAAUUAGACUGGAUGUUCAAGUCCUCACUUGUGCUCGACCUCAUCAAGGGUAUGAAAUACCUCCAUCACAGGGACUUCCCACACGGCCGACUAAAAUCUCGUAACUGCGUGGUGGACGGGCGCUUCGUGCUCAAAAUUACAGAUUACGGCUUCAAUGAGUUGCUGGAGUCUCAGAAAGCUCCUGUAGAACAACCUCCACCUGAAGACCUUUUCUGGACCGCUCCAGAGUUCCUUAGGGACCUCGCAAGCUCGCGUAAAGGCACCUACAAAGGGGACGUGUACAGCUUUUCCAUUAUCCUGCAAGAGGUGGUGGUCAGAGGACCGCCUUACUGCAUGCUGGGCCUGCCGCCUGAGGAGAUCAUUCGAAAGGUGAAGAAGCCCCCUCCAAUGUGCCGGCCCACUGUGGCCCCAGACCAAGCCCCGCUGGAGUGCAUCCAGCUCAUGAAACAGUGCUGGAGCGAACUGCCGGACCGAAGACCCAACUUUGAUGAGAUCUUUGACAGGUUCAAGAUCAUCAACAAGGGUAAGAAGACCAACAUCAUCGACUCCAUGCUGAGGAUGCUGGAGCAGUACAGCUCCAACCUGGAGGAUCUCAUCCGAGAGCGAACCGAGGAGCUGGAGGUGGAGAAGCAGAGGACGGAAAAACUGCUUUCCGAGAUGCUUCCACCCUCUGUGGCGGAAGCUCUAAAGACCGGUGCCACGGUAGAGCCGGAGUUCUUCGACCAGGUGACCAUCUACUUCAGCGACAUUGUGGGCUUCACAACCAUCUCGUCGCUCAGCGACCCCAUCGAGGUGGUCGACCUGCUCAACGAUCUCUACACGCUGUUUGACGCAGUGCUCUCCAACCACGAUGUCUACAAGGUGGAGACCAUCGGUGACGCUUACAUGGUGGCGUCAGGCUUGCCCAAGAGAAACGGCAACAAGCACGCGGCUGAAAUCGCCAACAUGUCUCUGAACAUCCUCAGCUCGGUGGGAACCUUCCGUAUGCGCCACAUGCCAGACGUUCCCGUCAGGAUACGGAUAGGGAUCCACUCAGGGUCCUGCGUUGCCGGCGUGGUGGGCCUGACCAUGCCGCGCUACUGCCUGUUUGGAGACACCGUCAACACUGCCUCGAGAAUGGAAUCCACCGGGCUGCCUUAUAGAAUCCAUGUGAAUUUGAGCACAGUGAAGACCCUCCGUUCUCUUCAUGAAGGCUAUAAAAUAGAAGUCAGGGGCAAGACAGAGCUGAAGGGGAAGGGCAUUGAAGAGACUUACUGGCUUGUGGGGAAGACUGACUUUGCGAAGCCUUUGCCAAAACCACCUGAGAUCAAACCAGGGGUCAACUGGCAGGAGAUGGUGACGGACGAGAUCAAGACCCUCUUCCGCAAGGCCAACAGGCAAGUGGACAAGCAAAAAACGAGCGGGAAAGGAGGAAAGAUGUGAGAGAAAUCAAGAAACAGAGCGCCCUCUCUCUCGCCUCCGUGGCUUAACGCAGACUCCUUUAAGAGGAUUGUCCAUCCAGUGGCUAAUCUGCCUGCAGCCAACACAGCAGAACAUAACGGUGCUAAUGUAAUGAGCCGACUCGGACCAAUCCUCACUCGCGCACCCAAUCAUUCCCUGCCACUGAGUGGUCGCCCAAAUGAGAAGAAGGCUGACCCACGUCAAGAGGCAAUGCACUGGUUUGUGUUAGCUUUGAAUGCUCAUAAUAGGGGACAGUUACUUACUGUAUAUAGCUGGCUGCAUAUUGCACAUGAAUAACCCCUAAAGAUGGACACACUUUUUCCACAUAGUGAUGGACACUUUUAUUUCUCUUGUAUGUGUGGAGGAGGUAAGCAGGGCAUUGAGCAUUGAUAACACAGGAAAUUUAUGCUUGUAAAAAAUAAUUUACAAAAUAAAAAUAUAUAAAAAGAAUAAUAAUAAUACAUUAAAAAUAUAUCAUAAAAAUAUACAAUAAGUACAAUUAUGAUAAAUAGAAAUAUUGUGAUAAAAAGUAAGCAACAUGAGCCAGAAAACUAGUUGGCUGGAAUUUUCAAAUGUCUAAAAAGUACUUUUAUUUAUUCUGCUGGUACACUUAAUUAAUUCUUGUGAAAAUGUAUUAAAUGUAUUUUGUAAUUCUGUCUAAAUGUACUGUAAUACCAAAACACACUAAACUGUGUGAAUCAAAAGUUGUAUUUUGGUUGUUGUUGUUUUCUUUUUUUCCAAGUCAAGUUUUUGGGACACAUGAAAAAUUUCCA